AUGGCCGUAGCAGGACCUUCCGAAGAGGGUAGAGGGGUAAAUUCGCCUUCCGCGCCUGCCUCGGAGGGCGCAAUGCGAGGGGAAAAAGAAGGUUCUGGAGAAGAUGCCCAGGCAGCAGCGGAAGCUGCCGAAGCGGCAGCCGCUUUAGACCUCAGUGAGCUAGUUGGGGGCGAUGCGGAUAUUGCAUAUGAGCAAGAACUGCGGCGCGAUCCAUACCAACUAAAGGUUUGGCUUGCCUAUCUAAAGAGCAGAGCGGAGGCGAAGCCGGCAAUUCGGUUCGUGAUCUACGAGAGAGCAGUCCGAUCUCUGCCGGGGAGCUAUAAGCUGUGGAGGCGAUAUCUCUUGGAACGUGUGGCUCUCUGCAAGAGCAUAGCGCAGCCUCCCUCGGGGCCCUCAGCAGCUCCUCUGUAUGCAGCUACCAAUGCGGCGUUUGAGAGGUGUCUAGUCCACCUUUCCAGGAUGCCAGAGAUUUGGCGUAUGUAUUUAAGCUUUCUGCAGGAGCAGCAGCAGCUCACGCGCUGUCGCCGGGCAUUCGAUGCCGCGCUGAGGGCGCUUGCAGUGACGCAACACGAACUCUUGUGGUCAGAUAUGAUGGAUUACGUCAAGAAAUGCGGCGUCUCCGAAACGGCCGUGUGUAUGUACCGGCGCUGGAUAAUGCUGGAGCCAGAAAGGGGUGACGAGUUCGCGCUGUACUUGAGCAGCAUUGGCCGUUAUGAUGAAUCCGCGAGUCAGCUUGCGGCUAUGGCGAGCGACCCCACCAUUACUCCCGCCUCGGGGAGGACGCGUCACGAGCUUUGGCUCGAACUGUGUAAGCUUGUAGCCGCGCAUUCCGACUCGAUUCAUUCUAUGAGGGUCGAAGACAUCUUGAGGAGCGGCAUCGCACGCUUUUCAGACGCAGUGGCCUCUCUGUGGUGCUCCUUGGCAUCUCACUAUGUUCGCAUGGGACUGAUGGCGAAGGCGAGGGAUAUCUACGAAGAAGCUGUCUCUUCAGUUUCCACCAUAAGAGACCUCGCCCUCGUGUAUGAGGCGUACGCUGCCUUUGAGGAGGCUGUAGUUGCCAAGCUGCUGCAGGGGCAGCAGCAGGAGCAGCACGCGGAUCCUGCAGCUGCUGCAGCUGCGGCAAAGGAAAUCGAUUUUGCCAUAGCUCGCCUGGAACGGCUUACCGAGAGGCGACCCCUCCUCAUCUCGUCUUGCAAGCUUCGUCAGAACCCCCACAACGUGCAUGAGUGGUUGGCGAGAGCCGAGUUGAUGCAAGACGAUCCGAAGAAGGUUGUCGAGACGUUUACGGAGGCUGUUGCAACUGUGAAGGCGGAUCAGGCAGUUGGUCGUGUGGGAGUUUUAUGGAUCGCGUUUGCACGUUUUUACGAGGCACACGGAGACCUCGAGAACGCAGCCAAAGUUUUUGAACGGGCUGUCCAGGCUUCUUUCCGAACCAUUGACGAUUUGGCGUCAGUGUGGUGCGAGGCUGUCGAAAUGCAUCUGCGGCAUGGCCUCUUCAAAGAAGCCCUUCGGCUCGUUCGGUCGGCUGUGAGAAGCUCUCGGAAGAGCCAAGAGGCGAAGGAAGCGCAAAGCCGUCUUUUUAGAUCCGUCAAGCUUUGGGCUCUCACGGCUGACGUUGAAGAAAUGUUUGGAUCCAUGGAGACGGUCCGGGCAUGCUACGACAAAAUGUUUCAGCUAAAGGUCAUCACGCCUCAGCUGGUUAUCAAUUUUGCACACUACCUCGAGGAACGGGGAUACUAUGAGGAAUCUUUCCGUGUCUAUGAAAGAGGCAUUGCUGCUUUCCACUGGCCUCAUGUCAAUGCCAUUUGGCUCAUGUACUUGACCAAGUUCGUUUCUCGCUACCGCAGUACAAAACUCGAACGCGCUAGAGAAUUGUUUCAGCAAGCGACAGCAGACGUGCCUCCCAAAUACGCAAAAAAUCUGUUUCUGCUGUACGCAAAGCUCGAGGAGACUUACGGUCUUGCAAAGCACGCGCUUGCCAUCUACAGUGCAGCCACAAAGGCCGUGCUGCCUGAAGACAAGCUCGACAUGUUCUGUGUCUACAUUGCGAGGACGAGCGAGCUGUUCGGGGUUGCCCGAACGCGGAAGAUCUUCGAGGAGGCCAUCGAGACGCUUCCCUCUAAGGAUGUGCGGAGAGUAUGCAUGCGUUACGCCACUGUCGAGAAAUCUCUGGGCGAAAUCGACAGGGCGCGUGCUAUCUACCAGCACGCGGCAAAUCUGUGUGACCCUACUAAAGACCAAGAGUUCUGGGAUGAAUGGCGUAACUUGGAGGUUGCCUACGGCAACGAAGAUACCUUUAAGGACAUGCUGCGGAUUAAGAGAAGCGUGAUUGCACAGUACAGCCAAGUGCACCACAACGUUGCCGAGCUUACCGCGUCGGAGGUGCCUAAGCCGUUACCCGCGGACCCCGUGAAGGAGGCAGCUGCGCAGCUUGCGAGAGAAGAAGCUGAGCGGCAGCAGGCUUUGCGGCAGGAGGAGUCGCUUCAGGAGCAGCUGCGUUUCCAGCAGAAGCAACAAGCAGAAAUGCAAGAACUGCAACAGGCAGAAGCCGAGUUUCAGGAGUUGCAAAGGAGCAGGCGACAGGCUGCCACACUUGCGUCUCUGCAGAGUGACGCCCCGAUGUUUGUUGCGUCCAAGGCCUUCGACGGGGUGCGACUCGGAUAUGCCUUCAAGACAGGAGCCCAAGGACUUGGAUAUUAUUUGGACGAGGCUCAAGUGGGUAGGGCAUUUUUGGAGUCGCGCGAGAAGGCCUUCUUGCAAGGUGCGCGGCUACUAGGGAGGAGUCCUAGUAACACCGACAAGGCGCCUGUUAGAGCUCGACGGCAGCAGGAGGAGGUGGAUAUUGACCUAGACGACAUGCCUGUGGAGGAGAAGGGCGUACCUGACACUGUGUUUGGCUCCUUGAAGCGCCAAUGA